CAUAUAAGACGACCAAGUUACCAACACCCACCCACACUCGAAGCGACGACGCAUCGCCUCUAAUCUUCUUCCCGGUUUCAAAAAUUAGGGUUUCAAUUUCCAAAAUCUGUAUAAAUCGGACCGGUAAUUUUACAAAUUUGUAGGAAGAAUUUUGUGUAAAUUGAGAUUAUGAGAAUGAAUUUGAAGCGGUCGAGGAAAUCGAAUUCGGUAUCUUGGGCUUCUGGACCCGAUCUUCGUCAGGUAAAGCUGUUCUCUUCCGAAGAUUGUCCUGUGGCUGUUGGCGUGAAAUAUCAAAAUCAUCUUCAAGCAAAGGCGUCAUAUAUGUCGCGUUCAGCUCCUAUAGAACAUGAUUUUCCCCCUGGGUUUGAACGCUGUGUUCCAGUGAGACAACCAAAAGUGGAACGGCCCCUCCUCCGUCAGAUUCAAUGGAAAUGCCCUUCCAAGUUUGUCAUGAAUGAGGCCUGGCAAGUAGCAGCCGGUGAGGAAAGUGAGGAAGUCAAGGCUCAAAAGUUGAGAGUGACGAGAGUGCUCGAAGCAGUUUAUCCUCGUCUUUCUGCAAUUCCCCCUAACCCCUCUGUUUCUGCGGAUGUAAAAGCUGAGCGUUGUGACGAUAGCCUCACUCCAUCUGUCCCCCUUAUUCCAAUUGAAGAAAUUGAACAAGAGUCCCAGAAUUUACCAUCAUCUGAUAUGGACUUGGAUUCCGAUGUAGAAUGUAAGCCACCAGCCUUGCCCCAAGGUCUGCCCGCGUCUCCUCAGCAAAUUGCCGAUGAUAAACCAUCACUAGGAAACUUACCUAGCCAAAAUGCGGAUGUGAUUGCUGCUGCAGUCGCAUUGACUGCAAUCGUGGAAAGCGCAGAGAAAGGAAGUUUGAUCGAUACCGAUUUGCUCAUUAAAAUUCUAAAUGACCCGAAAAUGAUCCAGAAAUUGAUUAACGAACCCGGAUCACUGGCCAAACUAGGAGUUGCACCAACCAACUCCUUUACUGCACCUGCACCCAUGCCAAGGACAACAGUUCCAUCAGUUCCCUCAUCUCUUCCAAAAACUGAUAUGCUAACGACUGCUGGUGGAAACUUGUUCCCUAUGGCUGGUACGGUGGGACUGGGAACUACUAUGAAUGCGAUCCCUCUUCAAUCAGGUAGUGUUCAAAUGUCCGGGUUGAACCCACCCGCACCAUCACCACCCGUGCCCGUCACCCAUUCCAACUUUGGCACGUUACCUAGGCUGCCAAAUCAAAUUCAAACACAACCCACCAUCGGUGCAAUGACUUAUCCGAACAGAGCUCCAUCACCGGCAUUCUUAGUCAAGGAAGCCCUGCUCCUUCCGGCGAAGAAUAUCAACAACUGUAAGAACCUCAUCAUGCAACAUGGAGCGGAAAAGCAAGAAAUCCAGUACCCCUUUGUUGCACAAAAACAAAUUGGUAACAAAUUUAAUCUCUCGAAAGACAUGAAAAUGGCACCAAACUUUAAACCAGUAGGAAAGAAACCAAAGAAGCCAAAACAGUGCAAGUACUUUAAGGGCUCCAACGGAUGCCGUAACGGCGUUAAUUGUAAAUUCCAGCAUAACAUGCCGCUUCAAUGCGGUAACGGUAACCUUAUUGGGGGCCAUAUUGCAAAGAGAGCGAAACCUAAUGGGGUUAAUACCUUAAGGAUGUGAAAAUCCUAUAAAAUUUGGUGCUGUGCGUCAUUUUUAAUUUCUGUACGGUUUUGCAGACAGAAACUUGGGGCGUUUGGGAACCCGAGACACAGGCUAUAGGGUUAGUUAAUGUUGAACAAGGACAAAUAAGUAAUUUUCAGAUUUAACGUCUAUUUUCAACAUUUGAAUUAAGUCAGUCUAAUAUUAGGGCAUAUGUUUACUUAAAAAAAUGGAAUUGCAAGAAAUUAGUAUCUAUUAAGAUCAUGUGUUUAAUAAAAA